AUGCCUCGGAUUGCUCGUACGCCUCGGAUCGAUCGUAUGCCUCGGAUUCCUGCGGAUCGCCACGGCCGUUAUGCCUCGCUUAUGAUCAAGCUCGCGUACGCCCACGGACGCAAGGCAAAACUUGGUGUCCAAGAGCGCGAUGGUGAAUCAACCCCCACUUCACGAAUGUGGCUAAUAGCCAAUCUGAUUUGA